AUGGAUGGCCGUCAGGGACUAAAAUGUGCCCUGAUCAUGUUCACUUUCCUCGGUUUAUUACAUCUUAUUCAAGCUCAGGAUCAACAAGGAUUCAUUAGCUUGGAUUGUGGGCUACCCCCAAACCAGUCUCCGUAUAUCGAACCAAAAACCAAAUUAAAUUUCACAUCUGACGCUGGUUUUAUCCAAAGUGGAAAGCGUGGUCGAAUUGUGGAUGUAUGGGAGUAUACCUACCAACAGUAUAAUGCUUUGCGAUAUUUCCCAGAUGGAACACGCCACUGCUAUACUCUGAGGGUCAACCAAGGCAUCAAUUAUCUAAUUAGAGCUGGGUUCGUCUAUGGAAACUAUGAUGGCCUUAAUAGACAUCCAAGAUUUGAUAUAUAUGUUGGGACUAAUUUGUGGACAACGGUGAAUGCGGACACCGCACAAGACAACGAGAUUAUCCACAUGGCACAGUCAAAUUCGUUACAGAUUUGCCUUGUUAAAACCGGAACAACUGCACCUUUCAUAUCAACCUUGGAACUACGGCCUUUAAGAAAUGAUGCUUAUUCUACACAAUCAGGUUCCUUGCAACUCAUAUCUCGGGAAUAUUAUAAGCAAGACAAAGAUCAAAUCUUACGGUAUCCUGAUGAUGUGUACGAUCGGCAAUGGUUUCUAUCAUACAUUGAUUUUGAUUUUGUCUUUGAUUUUGAUUUCCCACAUCAAAGAGAAAUAAACACCACCCUUACUGUGAAUUCCUCUAAUCCCUUUGAUCUACCGAAAGUUAUAGCUAGGUCCGGUGCAACGCCCAAAAAUGCCUGUCACCCAUUGAGUAUUUACAAAUAUGCAGAUAGCCCCAGUGAUAAUUUUGUUUUUUAUCUUCACUUCGCUGAGCUCCAAAACCUUCAAUCCAACGAAACCAGGGAAUUCGACAUUAUAAUUAACGGAAAUAUUUUAAAUUCGGCGUAUAGUCCCAAGAAGUUACAGAUAGAAACCAUAUUCAACAGAUCACCAAAGAAAUGUGAUGGUCGUGAAUGCGGCACGGAGUUGGUGAAGACAGGGAAAUCAACUCUUCCACCUCUACUCAACGCUUAUGAGGUUUACAACGUUAUGGAAUUUCCAUAUUCAGUAACAUAUCCAGCCGAUGUUGCUGCUCUCAAGAAUAUUCAAGCCGCCUAUCGAUUGAACAUAAUUAGUUGGGAAGGAGAUCCUUGCCUCCCAGAACAAUGGAAAUGGAAAUAUGUAGAAUGCAACUAUACUACUCCCCCAAGAAUCAUUUCCUUAGACUUAUCAUCAAAAGCAUUGAGUGGGGUCAUAGUUCCUAGCUUCCAAAAUUUGACUCAACUACAGAGACUGGAUUUAUCAAAUAACAGUCUGUCUGGAAGUGUGCCCGAAUACCUAGCCACCAUGAAGUCGUUGUUGAUCAUAAACCUAAGUUGGAACAAACUCAAAGGCCGGGUUCCUCAAGUCCUUCUUGACAGGAAAAAAAAUGGGCUACAGUUGAUGAUGGACGAAAACCCAAAGCUUUGCGUGGAUGAUUUCUGCAAAAUUAAAAACAAGAGUAUUCUUAUACCAGUUGGUGCGUCGAUUGUUGGAUUGGUACUUAUUGUGGCUCUGUUGGUUCUCUUUUUUGUUUUCAAAAGAAAAGGAACGCAGAAAGCUCGAAAUAAUCAACCAUUUAAGUCAUCAAUUUUAACGAAGAAAAGGAGGUUUACAUAUCCAGAGGUUGAAGCCAUAACAAAUAACUUUCAAAGAGUUAUUGGGGAAGGAGGGUUUGGAAUCGUCUAUCAUGGUUCCUUGAGUGAUACUGAAAAAGUAGCUGUAAAACUGCUCUCUCAGUCACCAACUCAAGGCCACAAGCAAUUUAAGGAAGAGGUGGAGCUGCUUCUGAGGGUUCACCAUGUAAAUUUGGUAAGUCUUGUUGGAUAUUGUUUCGAAGAAGACCACUUAGCUCUAGUCUAUGAGUACACAACCAACGGAGAUUUAAAACAACAUUUGUCAGGAGAACGUGGUGGCGCCACUCUGAGCUGGGAAAAUAGACUUAACAUCGCAACAGACAUUGCACAAGGACUAGAGUACUUACAUACAGGAUGCAGACCACCAAUGAUUCAUAGAGAUGUCAAGACUACAAACAUACUUAUCGACGAGAACUUCCAAGCUAAACUUGUUGAUUUUGGGCUUGCUAGAUCAUUUCCAACCGGGAAUGAAACACAUAUGACAACAAUCGUUGCUGGCACCCCGGGAUAUCUUGACCCCGAAUAUAACCAAACAAAUUGGUUGACUGAGAAGAGUGACGUUUACAGCUUUGGGAUCGUGUUAUUGGAAAUAAUCACAACCCAGUCUGUGAUAGAUCAAAACCGUGAAAAACCUCACAUUGCAGAAUGGGUUGGUUUUAUGCUUACCAAUAGAGGCAUUGAAAAUAUUGUGGAUCCAAGUCUCGCAGGGGAUUAUGACUCCAGCUCUAUUUGGAAAUUUAUUGAACUCGCAGUAGCAUGCGUGAAUCCUUCUUCUUUGGGGAGACCAACCAUGUCUCACGUUGUUAAUGAAUUAAAAGAAUGUCUCGUAUCUGAGAAUUCAAGGAAAGGAGGUACAACAGAGAUGGAAUCAAAAAGUUCUUUUGAACCGAGCAUGCAGUUUGCAGGAGGGGUAACCCCUGUUCCACGCUAACAACUUCCGCGGAGUCCCUUUGUAUCAAAGUUUGUAAUUGCACAUUAUAAAAAAACA